AUGGCAGGUCACAGCGUACCCAAUGCCUGGGCAUCGGGGUCACCUCGCCUUGCCGGGGUUGGGUCCGUGGCAUGCCCUCUGGCUCACCUUCCAGGGUGCAAGAGGAAUGUGGUUUGGCUGACCUGGGAUGGCGAGACCCGGGUGCCGGACAGGCGGUUGCUGGUGUCCUGUUUGAAGGACAUGGGUUUCUCCCCCUCUGAUCUAUUUGCCCUCAUCCAUGCUUCGGGAAUCCAGGAGUUCGAUGUCUCCUUUAUGACGUUGCUGCUCCCGGAUCAUUUCUGGGCUGGAUGGGAGGCGGCUAGCUCUCAGCAAGGGUCGAGAAGGGCAGGAUUUACCGCUAUACCCAUAGCGGGUAUCCUGGUAUGGGCCAGGAGAUAUGGGGACGUAAAAGGUCCCCCAGUUAAAAUCUUAGAUGAGGAUGAGAUUUGGACAGGUGGGUGGACUGACCCAGUGUUGUUGAGGGAAAUACGAGGUGUCACGCAGCUCAUGCCUAACAGUUUUUUCAUCGGGGUUGACCGGGUAUCGUGUUUCUAUCCUGGUCAGCCUCAGACAUGUCACCGGUACAGAUCGUACAGACAUUUUAGCAAUGCCGGUGCGGUCCAGAAAUGCACCAUGUGUGGUGCUGUGGGGCAUCUCCAGGACACCUGCUCAGAGAUCCGGAUCAUCUAUGCGGAGGGAUAG